UUAGUGAGACUUGCCUGCUCCUAGGCGCCCAGUCCUCUCCUGCUCUGCAAUGCUGUGUCUGUGGUUCUUCAGAGGUUCCUGUGUAUCAGCUGUGACAGUGACACUGAUGGUGCUGAGCUCUGCCCUGGCUUUGGUCAGAGACAUCCAUUCUUGUUUCAUGCUGCAGAUGAAAUGUGAGUGUGGCUUCUCGCAUGGCGCGCAGCAGGUGCGGUAUGUGGAGCGGCAUAUCUACAACCGGAGGGAGUUUCUGCGCUUCCACAGCGACGUGGGCGAGUUCCAGGCACUGACCGAGCUGGGGCGGCUGGAAGCUGAGGCCUGGAACAAGCAGAAGGACAAACUGGAGGACCGGCGGGCUGCGGUGGACACGUUUUGCAGAUACAACUACCUAGCCUUUGAGAGCUUUGCGCUGCAGCGGCAAAUUGUGCCACAGGUGACCGUGUACCCUGCCAAAACCCAGCCCCUGCAGCACCACAACCUCCUGGUGUGCGCAGUGAGUGGCUUCUACCCAGGCAGCAUCCAGGUGCAAUGGUUCCGCAAUGGGGAGGAAGAGGAGGCUGGGGUGGUGUCCACAGGCCUGAUCCGGAAUGGAGACUGGACGUUCCAGACCCUGGUGAUGCUGGAGACGAUUCCUGAGAGUGGAGAGGUUUAUAGCUGCCAUGUGGAGCACCUGAGUGUGAGCAGCCCAAUCAUUGUGGAAUGGAAGGCACAGUCUGCUUCUGCACAGACCAAGAUGCUGAGUGGAGUCGGGGGCUUGGUGCUGGGGCUGCUCUUCCAGGGGCUGGGGCUGCUCAUCUACUUCAGGAGUCAGAAAGGUGAGGACCUGAUCAUGGCUACUCUGGACUUCAGCUAA